CUUGGGCUCCUCUGCCGCUCGAGCACUGCGGGGGCUGCUUUCGAGCCAGAAGUGAGAAGUUUUCAGGCUUUUUUUGCCUUUGCUUUUCUGAGAGCCCUCAAAACGCUUCUGCAGUGGGGCUUGCUUGUGGCCCCUGAGAGACUAACAAAUGUAUUAGAGCGUUAGUCGCUCAGGUGCCACGAGUCCUCCUUUUCUUUUUGCGAAUACAGACUAACUAACACGGCUGAGACCUGGCACUGUGGCUCGGUUCCGUUGCUUUUUAAAGUGAAUUGAUGGGACAGAAGUGCAGGACAAUCCGGGUACGGCCUAUUUGCGGGAGUUAAUGCGCAUUUGUUGAGCACUGCAUUUUCCAAUGAAAGGUGUUUUUGUCUCAUGCUCAUCAGGGGAGUACUGGUUCAGAGUAUUUUAAUGUCCUCUUAUUUUCACAGGAAAAAAAAUGUCCAGUUGCCUAAUGAAAAAAUGUAUCCACGGUUUCCGAUCUGUUGCAUAGGUUUAUGAUAAAUGUAUACUUUGUUUGUAUAAAGUUGGAAGUGGAAUCCCUUUUCCCUUGCCAAAAUGCAAUCAUCCACCAGCAACCCCAGCAUGAAGAUAGUACAGUUGCAUCAAGGCCAAUUUGUUGAAACCAUGCCACACAUUUAUCUUUAUUUUGCGGCUAGCCAGAUAGGUCCAGCUUGCAAACGCGCAGCCAUGUCAUGCGGAUGCUCUCUAAUUUCUUGUCAACGGUUCCAAGACAGAGUAAAGAUGCCACUUACCAAAAGUGAUGGAAUUUAGAGCAGUGACCCCUCUGACUCAGGAGAUUAUUCCAGCUAUUCAUAACGGACCAAAGGGAGUCCUGGUGUAAUUCCAUUAAAGGCACCAGAGAUGCCAAUGGUGAAAUCUCUUCUAUUUGCUUCUAUUACAAAUCCAGACUGAACAUUCAAAAGGGUUGGAAAUGCAGCUUUCGCUAUCUAGUAUCAGAUAUUGGUUUGGUCUAGAGUCUGUAAAUUUCUACCUGCAUAACCAAAUUUCAUUCAAUUUUUUCUGAAGGUGAAAAAAAAUACAACAGGACGUUUCCAUAUUUUAACAUUUAAUAUUUAAGUGACUGCAGCCGUUAAGUGUAUGAGCUACAAUGCUUGUAAAAUUCUAUGAUAUGUUAUUUACAGAGAUAUGCAUCCUGGAAUAUCUCACGAUCUGAGCAAACCCAUUGGUGCCAGCAAAGCAACUGGAUAAAUCACCAAUUGGUUCCCAGUAUUUACAAGUAAUCAACUUGCAGAGUCAAAUUAUGUCCUUUGUUACACCUAUGCAACUCUUCUGAAAUGAAUAGAGUCAAUUGGAAUGAAUGGCAGGUUUCAGGCCACAACACUUUACAAUUCAUUUUGAAUUUCCACAGGUACUGGAGUGUAACAAUAGUGUAUUUUAAAAACCAAGUGCCAUAAUGUGGGGAAGUUCAGUAAAUAAACUCGCUGAACCUGUCACUUGUACUUGCUGGAAGCACUGAAUUUGGAGAGGUUUUGUUCUUAUAUUCUUGAUGGGAAAUCACCACUCCCUUUAACAUAGUUGUAUGAACACAACAACGCUACAGUAGAUUAGAAUUAAAGUCAAUAGGAUCUGCCUGAAUAAGAGGGGCUGAAUAUGGCCUAAAGCAGGUAAUUAAUGUGGUGAUGUUAAAGUGCUCUGGCAGCAGCAUUUUAUGAUUAGACAAACCUUUCAAUCUCUUGAUUCGGGUGAUCCUUUUUGUUUUAUUGCCAUCAUAAUAUUGUAAAACACCACAAAAUGUCUAAAUAUUAAACAAUAAUUAAACUGAGGGUUGGAAGGGUGGAGUUUAGACCAGUUUGUGCUUUACUGGUAUAAUUCUCCAGCAGGGACUGAGCAUUUGUUGUGUACUUUUCAUCUCUACAAACCCUGAACCACAUUCUCACAGCAAUGUUAAGUCAGGAAUACGCCCUUGAGUACUUCCUGAUGUAUUUGCUAAGAGUAUUGUCAAGAGUGAGAAGCUAAUCUGCCCCGUCACUGCUUGUUGUAGGGGGAACAAUGUUCAUCUUGAGAUUUGAAAAUAGUGGGCACAGUUCUCUUAGUUACACUUGUGCAUUUUGUUGACUGAAACUAAGUUAAUUCCUGAUUUACACCAGAGAAGGGGAAAGGAGAAUCAGGCCCAUUGUUCUCAGGGGGGUGACAUGUCCUAUCUUCUAGCCAGGCAACAGUACUUUGCAAUUUGCACAUGCCAUACCAACCCAUGGUAAUGGGAAGCUAUCCGUUUCUAUGGCAAUAAUGACAGCCAGAGGUGUUAGUACCACAACAUUGCAGAAAGGCGGAGCCUGCUGUCUUGUCAGGUUACAUCACCACUCUAGAAAUUGUUAAUUAAUCUCCCAAUGUAAGACAAAAAAGAAGUUCAGUUCUACAUUUUAUCUGCGAACUAAUAAUAAUGUCUGCCUGGUGGCUUCCUUUUUGUCACUAUUGUAAGUGUGUAAAAGAAAGAGGCAGAGAGACAGAUUGUGGAAGUAGAGUCCUAUUUACACUUUAAUUACACUGUUGAAAUAUUGGACUGUAUUUGCACACACAAAGGUGAUUUUCCCUCCCUUGAAGUCUACAGCAUAACUGAUAUAUGAAACUCUUCUUUGGCUAGAUAACCUGUUCUUUUAAACUGCUGAUCUACUAUGAGAACUGACUGAAAUUGGCAUAAUGGUGUUUCAUAUUUAUUGCUUCUCAAUAACUUCCAGAUAAAAUCUGUUCAGUUAAAAGCUAGUUUUGAAGGCUGCCAGCCAUCCAAACUCAGCCUGGGAUCUGAAAAUUAAAUGGAUUUUUUUUCUGUCUCAUGGAUUAAUACCACUAGAGUCUCCUUAAUCUGAAUUUAAUUAACAAUUCUGAUGAUAAUACAUCAGCCAGAAUCUAUUCCAUUUCAGUCUCCUGGUGCUGUAUGGGAUCUCCAGAGCUAUUGUGUAAGAGGUAGGAAAUAUUUAUUUUACUCAGUAUAUUAAGCAGAUAUCGUGAAUAUAUAAAGGGAGCUGCUCUCUAGAGCAGAAACUGUUCAGAAAGUGUUAAUAUUCAGAGUACAAUGAUGCUUUACAUUCAUGACAAUUUCAUUUCAGAUGGUGGGAAAGCACUGCAUUUAUUUGGGCCCACUGCAUAAGUUUCUGUACUGUAUCAUUUUAAGUACCAUAUGUUGUAAUGGAAUAAAUAUUUAAAAAUCCAAUCUCUUAUUUCAGUAUUACCAAUCUCUCUGGCAAUCCCCUGUGCUUCUGUACCAUGGGUCACAUUAACUGCACAAAUAUGGGAAUGUCAUUGUUUCAAAAAAGUUAUAUAAAUUACAAGCUCCAGUCACAAACAGAGUACCAAUUAAACAACCCUCACUAGUGAGAAAGGAGAGCCCCAUGUAUGGAUACUAGACCAAACAUUCACAGUCAUGCAUUCAAGUACUAACUAACCUUCCAUUUUCUUCAGGACAUUUCUGGAACAUCUUUUUCACAUGUGGAAAAAAAGCAGCCGAGUUCCUUGCCAGCCCAAAGCUCCUCUAUAAUGAUCAGUAUUCUCCUGCAGUGCUCAGACUGCAACCACCUCCCAGUAUGGCCCCAACGAGAUGCCAAGCAGUACCAGGAGAAUAAAGUUUAUAUUGUGCCUGAAACCAACGUGCAGCUGAAAAGAUCAAGAUGAGCCUUAAUUCAUCUACCGAAGGGACUGUUAAAAGAAUCCAUGUUGACUGCCCCGUUUCAGGAAGGCAUGGCUAUAUAUACAUUAUGGUUCCAACUGUUUACAGCAUCAUCUUUAUUGUAGGUAUAUUUGGGAACAGCUUGGUGGUCAUUGUCAUUUGCUUCUACAUGAAAUUAAAGACUGUGGCUAGUGUCUUUCUGUUGAAUUUAGCCCUGGCUGACUUGUGUUUCCUAAUGACUUUGCCACUGUGGGCAGCCUACACAGCCAUGGAAUACCACUGGCCUUUUGGCAACUGUUUAUGUAAAAUAGCAUCAGCUGUGGUAAGUUUCAACCUGUAUGCCAGUGUGUUUCUACUCACUUGUCUUAGCAUUGACCGUUACCUGGCUAUAGUACAUCCAAUGAAGUCCCGACUUCGGCGCACCAUGCUUGUUGCCAAAAUAACUUGCAUCGGCAUCUGGCUGCUAGCAGGAUUGGCUAGUUUGCCUGUCUUAAUUCACCGUGAUGUAUUUUUUGUUGAGAAUAUGAAUAUGACAAUUUGUGCUUUUCGGUACAAGACCCAUAAUACAACACUGCCUGUUGGGCUAGGUUUAUCUAAGAACAUGUUGGGUUUUUUAAUUCCCUUUUUGAUAAUUUUAACAAGCUACACCUUAAUCUGGAAGACGCUGAAGAAGGCUUACCAAAUUCAGAAAAACAAGACCAGAAAUGAUGAGAUUUUUAAGAUGAUUGUGGCAAUAGUACUUUUCUUUUUCUUUUCCUGGAUUCCUCAUCAAGUGUUUACCUUUCUGGAUGUAUUAAUCCAGCUACGUAUCAUAACAGAUUGCCAAAUUGUUGAUGUUGUGGAUACAGCUAUGCCUUUCACCAUCUGCAUAGCUUACUUCAACAACUGCUUGAAUCCCUUUCUUUAUGGUUUUUUUGGAAAAAAGUUUAAAAAAUAUUUCCUGCAGCUACUAAAAUACAUUCCACCAAAUGUCAGAGCACAUCCAAGGCUAACAACAAAAAUGAGCUCCCUUUCCUAUCGACCAUCAGAAAACUUAAGUUUAUCCAUGAAAAAGACUAUUGGGUCUUUUGACAUUGAGUGAUGUCUUUCGUGCUAUAUGCUUCUAGAACAAUCUUUAUAUGAAAUAGCAAGAGUGUCAAAGUUCACCCACAGUCCUGACCAUCACAGCUUACUGCACAGUACUUAAAUGAUCUACUAGAUAUCAUCUUUGGAAGAUUUAGCAGUGGCCUUUUAUAUUGUCAAGAGGACUGUUUGUUAUUUUUAUUUGAAGCAACCCAAGAAGGUGGCAGUUUGGAGUCUUUUAGCAUCCUGCCUCAGAGCUCAGAACUUUGGAAGAAGCGUACAUGAUGCUCCUGGAAAGAUCUCAGAACUUAGGUUAAAGCAUGUCAUUUGUGAAUUAUAUGAACUCUGCAGAAUUUACUUUCAACAUACAUAAGCAAUUCUAAGCUAACCAUUUGGAAUUGUUAUACAAAGUGUUAGCAGAGUCAAACAGAAUGUUUGUUUUCUUUCACAUUAUAUUUGGUGGGGAUGGUGGAGAACAGAGUUAUGUCUGAAAUAUGAAAAAUAUCCAUUUUUCCUUGAUACAAAUAUCACGUAUCAUUACAUUUAUAAUAUGGUGAAAAUAGAUAUAUGCAGGUCUCAUUCUCAUCUUAGAUUGAGAUUUAAGGACUUCAAGACUGUGUUCACAUACCUUUUUGCUAUUAUUAUUCAUUUUAAACAUGGCAAAAGUUUAUAUAUGAAAUAAAAUGCAGUUUUAUUUAUUAACUUUUUUGUAUAAAUCUAUGUUUCUAUUAGUUAUAUUCCAUACAAGGAAACAUUACUUUGUACACACAUAUUUUUAUCACUAUGUUAAAUGUAGGUUGGGUAUUUUUAUGGCCAUAGUUUAUAUAUGAACCAGUCUUACUCUCACUUAACCAUGAAUAUCCCCUAUUGACUUCAGUGGGAUUACUCAUGGAAUAAAAUUUUACUUUAUAUGAAUAAGAGAAUCAGAAUCUGUCCCAUAUUAGCAAAAUAUGGACAUCCUGUGAUAAAGAUUGUUAGCAAGCUUCAAAGGAUCAGCCAAAAUUAUUUUCAUAGAAUAAUUACAGCACUAAAUGAAAAAUAAACACAUUAAUUCAAUCCACUCAGAACUUCCAAACUCCUAAAAAUGUUCCAUUUUCUUCAGUAUUUCUGGACACUCAAAACUCCACAAAGCAAAAAUGUAAUAAUACUUACUGGGUCAAAUUCUACUCUCAAUCAUAGAAAUGAAAAUGUAUGACUAAACUUUGCUCUCAACUUCUAUAUUUAACCAAAGUAAUUAUGAGCAGAAUUUGAUCAUAAGGAUAUCCUGAAGGACAUGGAAUUAUUCCCCUAAAUACGCCUGAAUAACUGAGAGCAAAAUCUGGCCCAAUAAAAAAAAAUUUGCAGACAAAUUCUUGCCAAUAAACCUCUAAUUUUUAAAAUAAUUUUCUCACUAUAAAAGAUAUUUAAGCACUGGAACAGGUUACCUAAAGAGAUUACAGAAUGCCAGUCACUGAAGAUUUUGAAGAACCGGUUAGAUAAACAGUUGUCAGGGAUAGUCUAGGUAUACUUAAUCCUGUCUCAGUGAGGGAGAUGGAUUAAAUGUCCUCUUGAGGUCCCUUCCAGCCCUACAUUUCUAAGAUUCUAUCAUUCUAAAUGAGAACAGUGACACCUCUUUGAGUAAACCUAAACUAAUGAUAUAAUCAUAUUUUCUUACCUUUUUAAUUCACCUAAUAACUUUCCAGAAAACUUUGUUCAAUUCUAAUUCAAAAUUGUCUAAUCUCUCCAAAAGCAAAUCAUCCAUUUACAAAAUAGUCUGGCAAAGAAAGAUAAAAAUUUCAGAAAAAGUUCCUGAUAAUUUCAGAUGAAUGGUAUAAACAAAUACAUAACAGUGAGAUUAUUAUCCUAAAUGUAGUAUUUUCACAAAUUAGAGAUGACACAUUUAACUAGUUUUUGAGUCUGAUUAUGAGUUGUAGGAUUAUUCCCUAACUUCUGAAUAUAGAUAGAUAUUAUACUCAGAGAAAUAUUAUUCCAGGAUUUAUUUUCACUGUGGAAAAUGAAAGGCACCAUUAUUGUUAUUUAUUAUAUUGAUUUUAAUAUUAAAGUAUAGCUCAGAAUUAGACAAAUAUAUGUAAAUGAUAAUUACCUAAAUAAACUUUCUACUUAUGUAUUUAAUACCUUACAUUUAGGCUAAAUCUGCUCUCAGAUAUGUACAUGAUAUUCAGUUAAAACCAAUGCGAGAUAUGUACCUGAAGGCAAAAUUUGGUCCAUUAUACUUUGAAUAGUAUCCAAAGUAGUUGCAUUGCAUUAAAUACAAAAUAAGUUGAACCAGGAGUAUUAUAUAUAUAUGCAUUGAUAUUUAGGGCCUCAUCUACCAGAGAGCAUCCAUCUUUGCCAUUGGCAGGUUGGCUGGCUGUGAAUGCUACCUGGUGGACAGGCCAUUUAUGUAUGUUAGAUACUUGUAUAUCAUCUUAAGAUGAGAGAUGAUCUCCCUGUCUUCUCAUGCAUCUGAAAGCCAAUUCAUCUUCCAGUCUGGGGUAUGAGUUCCAUAGGAAUAACCACCUCACAGGGUGGCAAGUUUUAUUUUUGAAAUUAUCUGGGGGAAAAAACAAUUUUCUAACAGCAGAAAAUGAAAAGGGAGGUGCACUGGUCAGUGGUUUUGAUCAUUUUGGCCUCAGGGAAGCUUGUGCGUUAGUAACAAGCGCAGGAAAACUACUGCUCGGGGUUCUAAGCCUAUACAAAUCCUGGAGGAAAUAAGAGAGCUGUAUAUUUGGAUGCGUGACUAGGGGAGAGGUAGAGAAGGGGGGGGCACGUGGUGUGUUUUUAAUGAACAAUCAACCCCACAUUGGUAAUUAGAGGGAAUGGGGGAUUAAUCUUUUGCUAAAUAAUUCUUUAGUCAUGGCUUUUAUUGGAGGAGAGGAAGAGAAUGGGUGCUAAAUGUAUGUGGUUCCUAGUCUAGCAUUUGCAAAAACAAAUUAACAGAAGGUGGAUAAGAAACCCAAAUACUACAGAUUAAAAUUAAGAAAUCUUUAAAAAAAAAAUAGGAAGACCAAGCUUCCAAGUGUGCAGCCUCCAGGGACCCUAAGUGGAGGCAGCACUGCUAACUCUUUUAAGACACAGUCAGAAGAGUGGGAAGGACAAUAUGUGCAGUUCCCAGACCCUCUGCAAAGCCACCAAAUUGACAUUUAAGGAUAGACCCCUCAUCCCUGAUGCUAGUGCUAUGGGCCAUUGCAGCAGCUCAGGAGUGUUCUUGUUUCUGUGCCUCAUACCUCCUAACCUGCCCUGGAAUGCUCUCCACCGACCAAGUCUUGGUCUCUUGCACAAAGUCUGCCUGAACCAGCUAUGCGUAAAGGGGGAGCCAAGAGGAGGGGAAGAGAAACAGAUCUACUGCUGCAGUUCAGCUCUUUGCCUGUGGUCAGAAGGAGGGAGUAAGAUUUGGCUCCUUAGACACUUCGGAUGACUCCCAUUCACUUCAAUGGGCCUUUGAUUAGGCACAUAUAAUUUGCCCUCAAUAUAAAUACUAGUUAUACAAGCCUAAGGAGAACAAACUCCUAAGGGCUUAAUAAAUACAGGGUUUAAUAAAUAUACUGUACACAUUGUCCAUAUACGCUGGAAGAAGGACAGGAGACACUAGAUGUGGUGUAAUUAGGCCACAACUUUAUUCUUAAAUGUCUGGGAGUACCCAGCAGAUAAAAGUGUGCAGUGUAGGCAAUUCCAUAAUCAUUUCACUAUAUACCCAGGGGGCUUCCAUCAGCCCAUCCCCUUAUCCAUCCUGGUCCCCAGCCAGCUGGCUGCUGGGACCUCACCAAAAGCUAGGGGGUGGCUAUGAAGGAGGGGCCCCAAACACUUCCUGUUUCUGCUCUCUUAAAUCCUUUACCAAUCUACUUUAUCUGAUCACUGUAUCCAUUCCCUAAGGAGUACUGGCAAUGGACAUCCACCCAACCAUGUAAGGACAUGUGAUAUUAUAGCCUAACUCCCAUUUCAUGUUUGCCCUGUGGGAAAGGUGGAAAAACCCCACUUCACCUUGGCCAAUCUGGCGGUGAAGGAAAAAUGUCUUCCCAGCACCCCAAGAAAGGAGCAAAUAACACAAUGCCCACAGCAAGGCCUGACAAAACCUGGGAUUUCACUACUUCCACAGAUGGGUGCUGCUCCAUCAGGUUCAGGUAAAAGAGGGCUUUUUCUGCACCAGCAUAGACCUUUAGAGUCCCCCCUCUCUUCUGGUAAACCUGGGGGGGGGUGGAUCAACUUCCCCAUGCUGACCUGGUCAUCAGCUGCAGCCAAGUCAUUCCCUGGCUCUCUAGCCCUUACAGGGGCACACACCUUUUCCAACAAGCCAGCCAAAGGUGCCCACAGCUUAAUGUGCAGGAAGGUCAUUAUAAUGUGACUAUUUUAAAAUAGAUGCAUUUAUAGAUCACCUUUCAUCCUGAGAUGGGCCAAAGCACUUUACCAACUAUGAAUCUGUCUUUAUACUUUCCUCUGUUAGUAAUGGAAACUCCUGCAGAUGUUAAUGGGGUCUCUAACUGUAACUCAAGGACAGUGUACAGCCCUAAAUACAGGAAUUACUUCACCCACUCCUGUCACUUCACACAUAUAUGCUGUUGCCAUGUUUGAAUGAAUAUUUUGUAUUUCCUUUCUGCUGGCAGAAUCAUGUUUAAGCAAUGGUAUAUCUGAGAUGUGCAUUAUAUUUAUUUCUAUUUAUUGUGUAAUAGUACUUUAUACAACUCAUGUUUCAUACUGAACAUCCUCCUAGCUUGUACUUUGUGUUCUUAUGCUUCAUCAUAUUCGUGCGCACUUACUGGGCUAAAUUCCAAUGAAGACAAUAGAGUUGUAUAUCUGGCCCAUUAUCUUAAUGAUUUCUGUUUUACAGAGUUCAUCAAGAUACUGCAGAGUGAUUAUGCCAAAAGGCUUUUCUGAUUUUCCAGAAUUAUCAUUUUGUUAAGAUUCUCAUCAUGUACUUGAAAUUCUGGUAGCAUCAGUGGCUGUGUAUGUGAUUCCCAGGUUUUUCUCUUUUCCUUGUGUAGCUCCAGUACUGAUUCGUCUCUCAUCUAAUGUGACCUUCUGGCGAAAUAUACUGUAUAUUACAAUUGUACAUGCUGAUGUUCCCCAAGAUAAGUUUUGCAAAGGAAAGAGGGCCAAAUGUCAGAAACACUGAAAAAAAACCUCUACAAAGUUGGAGGUUGCUUAUAUUGAAAAUUUUCAUCAUUUGAGCUUGUAGAAAGUUGUUUUUAGUAUGUGAUGUUAUAACACUAAACAAAAAAUCUGUUCAUUGUGUUAGUAAUAGCUAGAAAAAGUUUUGAAAGGCAUAUCUUUGAAAACAGCAUGACCAGAUCCAACUAUACAAUAUCCAUCUACCCUCAUCAAGCCAUUGUUAUCCCACUGCAAGACCAAGGUCUCUUCAACGCUGUUCCUCUACAUCAUGCUGAAGGGCGUGGCAAAAACCCCACGACACCUGAGGGUGCAAGCUGACGAGGCUGUGUUAUCAAUCAUCAAGUCUGUUUCCCCAGCAACCUUGCUACCAAGGCUGAACUAGCACAUUGCUAAUCCCAAUGGCAAGAGUUGUCAGGCUCAUUGCCAUUGACUGACGCCUUAGGUCCAAGCCAUGUGUAUACACCCAUUCCAAUCAUUUUGGGGGGAUAACAUGAAUUUAAAGCAGCGUAGCAGUGAGUCAUGAUAACUAUAACUAGUAUGGUGUCCUAUAACUUUAAAUAUACAUUUUAAAAAACUAAGCAACAAGAUUUAAAUGUAGAAUGUUUUCUGCAGUGUAUUGUGCAGAUAAUUUGUAAAAUGGUGAAUGUUAACUGUUUGUUGCUUUAUUAGAAAUAAUUUUAAAUUUCAUAAGGCCUUCUUGUGUAACUAUAUUACUCUUGUAUGGGAUAAGAGUUGCUUCUGUUGUCUUUAUUAUGAACAUUAAUGCCUGGGUCAUCAUUUAAUAGAUAAUGUUUUUCAUAGGGGCAGCUUUCCUGUUAUGGCCAUUUGGGAGUGACAGUUAAAAUGUUUCCAUUUUAUUUCUAAUACUUCUUGAGUAUUUGUGUUAUGAUGAAAAGCUGAAAACUAGAGAAAGUGCAAAUAUAAUGGCAGUUUGAAUGAAAUGUUAGCUCUGUUCCUCAAUCACUACCGGUCAUACCAAAGUUCUCAUAAUUAAUACUAUACUGUGUUCAUUUGUGCUCCAGGGAGGGUCUGAUCCAAUUCCCUUUGAAAUAAAUGCAAAGACUCCAUAUGACUUCAUUGUAAAUUGGAUCAGGCGCCAGACUCCAUGGAGUGUUUAUUUGCAGAAAGGAUGCAGGAUUGGGCCCAAAGACAGUACUCAGAACUUCUAGGCCGAAAUCAAAUGGCACAACUCUAAAAACCAUGCAAAUCCUUAGCUGUGCUCACCCUGCAGCAUAGCCUUGUAGAGGUUUCCACACUGUAGAAAACAGAUGAGGAUUAUAAUAGAUCUGGGCCUGUACAUUUUUAUUUAACUUGCUUAGUCUCUAUCUACUUUAAUUAUCCCUAUUAUUAUUUGUAUUGUGGUAGUGCCCAGAGGCCCCAGUCAGGAUCAGGGCCCGUUUUAAUAGGAGGCAUACAAACAAAUGGGAAGACACAAUCUCUGCCUCAUGGAGCUUACAGUCUAACUGGGGGAGAAUAUUGGCAAUAGCUAGAAACCAACUGAAUAAAGAUUAUUUAUUUCUGACAAAAGUGCAAAAAUUUCAAAAUCAUUUUCAUCCCACAGGUUUAAAAAAAAAGGAGCAAUUUUUCCAUUUACUCUACAUUUUAAAUCCAAAAAUUGUAACAAAAUAUUUCAGAUUGGUUCUUCUGCCCCUUUUUCUCCCUUUGCCACUGAAAAAGAGGAAAAAUAGAAUACUGUAAAGGUUUUUAUUUGGAGUUUUCUUGAGGUGGGGGGGACAAAGUUUCCCAUGCACACAAAAAGUUUCCCCAAAAUUUUCAUAAAAACAGAUUUUUUAAUAUAAAAACUCUCACACAAUAAAUAAAAUAAAAAAAUCUUUGGGCCAGAACAUUUGGAAUGGAUUAGUGACUAGUUGCCACUGCUUGGCAGCUCUUUCAUAAAAAGAAGUUGCAUUUUUUCCCUUAAGAACCCAAUAGAGCAGUGGUUUUCAACCUGUGGUCUGCGGACCCUGAGAGGGUCCCCAUAAAAGGGGACCAUAAAAGAGGGUCCAUAAAAGGGGACUAUGAAAAUAAAAAAUUUCAGAGCCCAGAAAAGGCAUUCCCUUUUUCCAAUCAAUCAAAAGUAUGUGAAUAUCCCCAUCCACAGGUCAAAACCCGGAAGUGUUGUCAUUACCAUAGGGCACAAAACUGUGGGCUUCUUUCUCAUGCUGCAUCCAAUGCUGUGCUGAACAUGUGCAACAUUUAUCGUUUAAUUCUAUUCUGUCAGUUUUCAUAAAUUGUUCAGGAGUCCACAAAUGAAAAAAAGGUUGAAAACCACUGCAAGAGAUCAUUCUAUAGCCACGAAAAGCUAUAAUAUACUGCAAUGUGUAUUAGCUAUGUGUAAAUAACUUGAGAUGACAUAUUCCUUAGUUCAUUACACAAAAGAUAUACACCUACUAUAUAUAAAAUAUAUACAUAGAAAAAAUGAAUCAAAGCCGAAGAUGAGUCUAUAUAUUUUAUUUUAUAUUUAUUUUUAAACAAUGUUUAAACACACCCCCAUCCCCUCACUGUGUACACUGUAUGACCACUAAGAAAGAAUGUAAAUGACCUGCAGUGUACCCUUCAGUGAUAUGGUAUAAACAAAUUUUAUUAUGUGUACAUUUUAGACAAUAUAUUAAUUUUGAAACUUUUUAAA